GAGAGAGAGAGAGAGAGAGGGAGAAAGAGAGAGAGAGAGAGAAGUGUGUAGCACGUUCAAAAUCCUGGGCCCGAUCGGUUUUCACGCCAGCUCGCCCGCCGCAGAUAAUGCCCAUGCCAGAGGAUGCUACUAGAUCGUCUUAAGCAAUGUCUCAUAGGGAUAUCUCUGAGGUGGAGCCCGAAGGUACGUCGGCCUUGGCCGCUGGAUCCCGGGCAUUAUUCCUAGAGACGGUGCGCAGGAGUAACGCGGCAUGCCAGAAUGGGGACUACGCGCUUGCCGCAACCUUGUACACGGAGGCCCUCGCUUUGGACCCCCUCAGCCACGUCCUGUACUCGAACAGGUCGGCCGCACGGCUCAAGAUGGGAUUGUUCGCGCUCGCAUUACAGGACGCCGUCAGAGCCACCGAGCUGAGUCCACAAUGGCCCAAGGCGUACUAUCGUCAAGGAGUAGCGCUACAAUGCCUGGGCCGUCACGGGGAGGCUCUCGUCGCCUUCAGCACAGGGUUAGCCCACGACGCGUCCAAUCGUCAGCUAUUAUCCGGUUUAGUGGAAGCAUCCUUGAAGUCUCCGUUGCGGCCGACCUUGGAGCCGACGUUCCAGCAGUUGCGCGCGAUGAAGCUGGACGAGUCCCCGUUCGUUGUCAUAUCCGUGGUCGGUCAGGAGCUACUUGGGGCUGGACAAUACCGAGCGGCCGCUGGCGUGCUGGAGGCUGCGCUCACUAUCGGCUCGUGCAGCUUGAAAUUGCGGGGCUCCGUGUUCUCCGCCCUGUCCAGCGCGUACUGGGCGCUGAACUCUCUGGACAAAGCGAUAAACUACAUGCAGCAGGAUCUAGGAGUCGCACGUUCCCUAGGAGACACACAGGGCGAAUGUAGAGCCCACGGGAAUCUGGGCUCCGCUUACUUCAGCAAGGGCAGCUUCAAGGAGGCUUUAACGGCUCAUAGAUACCAGCUUGUUCUUGCGAUGAAGUGCAAGGACACUCAGGCGGCGGCUUCGGCGUUGACCAGUCUGGGACACGUGUACACGGCGAUCGGCGACCUGCCGAAUGCCUUGGCCUCUCACAAGCAGUGCGUGCAAUUGGUCAAGCAGAUGGGCGACCGGCUUCAGGAAGCUCGGGAGAUCGGCAACGUCGGGGCGGUCUACUUGGCAAUGGGAGAGUUCGAAAGCGCCGUCGAUUGUCACACGCAACACCUCAGGAUAGCCAGACGACUCGGGGAUCGCGUGGAGGAGGCGAGGGCCUUCAGCAACCUCGGCUCGUCUCAUCAUUACCGCAGAAAUUUCGGACAGGCGAUGGCCUACCACGAAAACGUUCUUAGAAUAGCGCAGGAACUCGGUGACAGAGCGAUAGAGACCAGAGCCUACGCGGGGUUAGGUCACGCCGCUAGAUGUGCAGGCGACCUGGCGCAAGCCAAGCUCUGGCAUCAGAGACAGCUCGACGUGGCGUUGGCCACGAAGGACAAAGUGGCCGAGGGACGAGCUUGCAGCAAUCUCGGCAUAGUGUAUCAGUUGCUCGGUGAACACGAUGCCGCUUUGAAGUUGCAUCAAGCCCACUUGGGGAUCGCAAGAUCGUUGGGAGACAAAGCCGGCAUGGGUAGAGCGUACGGGAAUAUCGGGAACGCUUAUAACGCUCUGGGUUACUACGAACAGGCCAUCAAGUACCACAAACAGGAACUAACGAUAAGCAAAGAGGUUAACGACCGCAGCUCGGAAGCUAGCACCCACGGAAACUUGGCGGUCGCCUAUCAAGCGGUGCAAGGCCACGAGGCGGCAUUGAGGCAUUACAGAGCUCACUUGGCCAUAGCGCGCGAACUGAAGGACACAGCCGGCGAAGCGUGCGCUCUGCUGAACCUCGCCAACUGCUUGUCCUCGCGCGGCAGAUUCGAGGAGGCGGUGCCGUACUACGAGCAUUAUCUCAUGCUGUCGCAAGAACUGCACGACGUAGAAGGAGAAGCUAAAGCAUGCCAUUUCUUGGGGUACGCUCAUUAUUGUCUGGGGAAUCACCGGGAAGCCGUCAGAUAUUACGAUCAGGAUUUGGCGUUAGCGAAGGAUCUGCAGGACAAAUCGGGAAUGGGCAGAGCCUAUUGCAAUCUGGGUCUGGCCCACUUGGCGUUGGAGAAUUUAGACACUGCUCUGGAGUGCCAAAAAUAUUAUUUAGCCAUCGCGCAUAUGACCAAACAUUUGGCUGGCAAGUUUCGCGCCCUGGGCAACAUCGGUGACUGCCUGUUACGCAUGGGAGAGGUUGACGAAGCUAUCAAGAUGCAUCAACGUCAGUUAAACUUGGCCCGUCAAGCUGCCGACCGUAGCCUGGAAGCGGCCGCCUACGGCGCACUGGGUAUCGCUCAUCGAGCUACGAAGAACUUGGACAAAGCGUUGGGUUUUCACACGCAGGAGCUGACCCUGAGGCAAGAGGCUGGUGACCUGCGUGGCGAAUGCAGGGCGCACGGGAACCUGGGCGCGGUGCAUAUGGCGUUGGGACAAUAUACUCAUGCAGUUAAGUGUUAUCAGGAACAGCUGGAGAGAGCCAAGGAACUAGCGGAUUCCGGAGUGGAAGCUCAAGCAUUAGGAAAUCUGGGCAUAGCUAGACUGAAUAUGACGCAUUACGAAGACGCCAUCGGUUACUUCGAGCAACAGUUAGCGACCCUGGAGCCGCUCACUACCGGUACAGCCUUGCUCGACAAAGCCCGUGCACUCGGCAACCUGGGAGACUGCUACGAAGCCUUAGGCGAUCUGGAGGAAGCUAUCAAGUGUCACGAGCAACAGCUGACGGCCGCGACCAAGUUGAAGAGUAUCCGAGAUCAGGAGAGAGCGUACCGAGGUUUGGGUAGAGCUCGAGAAGCGACUGGCAAUCUGCAGGAGGCCCUGGUGUGCUUCGAGAAAAGACUGGUGGCCGCUCACGAGGUGGACAGUCCUGAAGCGAGAGGUGCUGCGUACGGUGAUCUGGGCAGGGUACACGCUGCAUUAGGUAAUCACGAACAGGCUGUCAGUUGCCUGUCCCAUCAACUGGCCUUGGCCAGAGGACUAGGUGACAAAGCAGCCGAGGCUGAAGCAGCCAGCGGAUUGGGAGCUGUUCACCUUCUAAUGGACGAUCCGAACUCCGCUUUACGCCAUCAUCAAUUGGAACUGUCGAUCGCCGAGGGUCUGGACGCGGCCGGCUUGCAAGCUCGCGCUUGUGCCAAUCUGGGAGUGACCCAGGAGACGUUGGGGCAGUAUGAGGAAGCUAUCAGGUUGCAGGAGCAGUCGUUGAGCCUGGCGGCCGCGGCGGGAGAUCAGCCCGCGCGAGCAGCGGCCUUCUCGAGUCUGGGAAGACUUCAUCAUCUGUGCGGCGAUUUGUCCCGCGCUCUGAGCUACUUGCAAUCAGGCUUGUCUCUGUCCGAGGGCCUCGGCAGGCGAGAGGAAGCGGCCAGACUGAGACACAGACUCGGUCUCGUGCACUGGGAAGCCGGCGAAGCGAGCAUCUCCGUGGAACACCUGGAGAAGGCCGCGAAUCUGUUGGAAUCGUUGGACGGCGCUUCCGUGUCGCUGACCUGUGGCCAACCCAGCCGAACCGAACUGCUCUCGGAGACGUACAGGAUGCUGCAGAAAGUGCUGAUCAGCUUAAACCGAGCGGAGGAGGCUCUGAAUUGGGCGGAGAGGUCCAGACGAUCCAAGAGCAACUCUUUGGACGACGCGGCCCACUAUUCUGAGAUUAUCGAUCGACAACGUGGCGUCAUUUUGUACUACAGCGAGGUGGGCUGCGAGUUGCACGCAUGGUGCUUGGCACCGGGACGCGGCCUUUUACGGUUCCACUCCACCACCUUGGACGACGGCGUGGAUCUGGAGAAGAGAGUGGUCCAAGCGCGUGAGGCGCUCCUGGACGAGAGUAACGAUCUCAUAGAGGAAUCCACCAAGAUUCCGUCGAGGGGCCACCAUUUGAACGCCAGUUCGUACAGCUUGAGCAGUCUCUUCAGCGUCGGCUCAGUGAGUUCUCGCGCGGGGAGCGCCCGCUGGGGACGAGGAGUGAAGGGACCCACAUGGCAGGCACCGUUGCCGAUACAGGUGCUCUACGACCUCCUCCUCGCUCCGUUCGAGGAUCUGCUACCGCCGCCGCGGAAAGAGCUGAUCAUGGUGGUGGAGAAGUCUCUCUACUUGGCGCCGUUCCCAGCUCUGCAGUCUAAUCCGGGCGAGGACUAUUUGUGCGAGAGGUUCUCGCUGUUGGUGGUGCCUUCUCUGGCGGCUCUCAGGAAGAGAUCGAAGACACCGGUGCUGGAGGGUGGUGCCACCGUGGCCGCCUUGGUCGCCGGGAACCCUGUUCUGCCGGAAGACGUCAGAGAGGAGUACGGGUGGCCCGAGAGCGUCGCAUCUACCGAGACCGAGUCAGAGAUAGUCGCCGAAUUGUUGGAAGCUCGCGCGAUGACUGGACUCGAGGCUACGAGAUCGGCAGUCCUGAGGUCUCUACCGGACGCGGAGUGUGUGCACCUGACGGUGCCGGUCUUCUGGAACACCGGUAGUUUAGCAUUCACCGCCGACCAGUGCGAGGAGCCGUCCGAGAGACCAGAAUAUCUGAUAAGCCAGGCGGACAUACUGAGGCUGAGAAUGUCGGCGCGCUUGGUGGUCGUGUCGAGCGGUCACAGCUGGAACAACGUGGAGAGCACGAACGCGACGUCGGACGGUAUACAGAACCUCGCCAAGACCCUGUUGAGCGCGGGAGCGCAGUGCGUGCUGAUAGGGAUGUGGGCGGUGCCGCCGACCGCCGGCAGUAUCCUGCUGCGGGCGUUCUACAGUGCGAUGCUGCAAGGUGCGAGAGCGUCACGAGCAUUGGCCGAGGCGAUGCAGACCGUCCAACACACGAGACACUUCGCUCACCCCGCGAAUUGGGCCGGUUGGCUGCUCAUUGGCGGCGACGCGAGAUUGUCUAACAAGGUUGCACUCAUGGGCCAAGCGUUGGCGGAGUUACUGCGCGGUGGUCCCGAGCAGAGCCGAGACGCGCUGCGAGUGACGCUUCAUCUGGUGGAGAAGUCGCUACAGAGAAUCCAUCGCGGGCAGAAGAACGCCAUGUACACCACUCAGCGUAGCAUCGAGAACAAAGUGGGCGCGGCUACCGGUUGGCGAGAGCUCCUGAUGUCCGUAGGAUUCAGGUUCGAGCCAGCCGGCAAUGGCAUACCGUCGUCCGUGUUCUUCCCUCAAAGUGAUCCCGAGGAAAGACUGACGAGAUGCAGCGCCAGCUUACAGGCUUUAUUAGGACUAGGCCAAUCGUCGUUGCACGCUCUAGCUAGGCUCUUACAGGCUCCAGAAGCAGCAGAGGAUGUGAUUGCUGCCAUGAGGAGAGCCAGUUGCGCAACCGAAGGUCAAGAAGUGAUCUUGCCCGUACACGUUUGGAGAGCAUCCGGAUCACACGAAUUGUUCGCCAGCUUAGGCUUCGAUCUAAUGGAGGUCGGGCAGUCGGAGGUGACGCUGAGAACAGGGAAACAAGCCUCGCGUAGAGCUGUCCAGUUUGCUCUUCAAGCCCUUCUCGCAUUGUUUGAUACGCAAGAAGCGCCAAAGAGCCUCAGCUUAGACUCUAGCAGUUCGAUGGAGAGUUUGGCUUCCGUGGCCCAUACCGAAAAGAACCUUAUGGAACGGCCGCGACUGGGAGGAGCGUUUGCAAGUUACGUGCGACAUCGUGGUGAGCCGGACGGAAAGACCAUGGAACCAUCGAACGUUCUGAUACCGACGCCGCGCCAGCCGUGUCAAAAUGGAGGAGGUGAAUCAGACGUGGCGUUUACACCUAGUCCUCCCGUAGCGCUCAACCUGAAUCAUCAGACGCGCAUCCGGAAUCUUUACCCCGACCAGAACGUGAGGCCCGGCUCGAGCUCGAGCAGCUCGGUGACGGACUGGGACAACGGCCACGCUACCGUGCUGAGGCGUCAGCCGCUGCCGCCGCUGCCGGCCACCGUAUUGGAGAGGCUCAGCGUUAGAACGGAGAUCGGUAACAACACGUCGAGGAAAGCCCGGCAUACGGCGACGAGCGAGGACAUCUGCCCGCAGCCGGACACCACGCAAUCCACAGAGACGCAUCCGCAGAACCUGAGGAACCUGGCCACCUCCUUGACGAGUCUGACCCGCGAGCUCACGCCCACGAUCUCCGAGGUGUAUCAUGAACGGAACCUGGGGCUGGGCUUGGCGCCGUCCUUGUCGAAAUUACUGGAGGAGGUCGGCUCCGUGCCGGAAAACGAGGAACCGCAAUCAGCGAAGGCGGCUCACAAUCAGACGCAAAAUUGGAUGCAAAACGAGCCGGAGCUUUGCCGGCGGGACGAGGCCGAUGGCAGGUCGAUCGCCGAGUCGCAAUGCAGCGCCGCCAGCUCGAACAAAAUACCUCGGAAAGCUCCCGCGCCACCGGUAUAGAUUAUUUAUACGAUAUUUAUAAGUGUUAUUCGUUUUAGAAUGUAAUCGCGAACUACUGGAGUACUGGGUACCAAAGAACGGGGGACACAUCGGGAAAAAAAAAGUCUGUCGCCGCUUUGCGAAGCGCAGACCUAAGCGGGAAAUUUGACGACCGAUGAGGAAGCGGGUAACGCGGGCGAUUAAACCGAACUUUGCCGAUAUUUCUCAGUAUUCGAACACAGAAGCAUUCGUAACGGAGGGCUGCACAAGGCGACGUGUGGAUGCCUUGACAUUUGUCAGAAACAUUUUCUGGAGACAAGUUUCCACAGAGGUGUACACGUGGCAUAACGAGCUCCAUUAUGCAGGAAGAUGAUGAUAAUCUCGCUGAUAAGUUUCGCUGAUAUGCUCAACUCUAAUGCUAAUCUGUCCAAACACUUAAUUAUUAGUUAGCAAAAAGUGUCAACCGUAUAUGUAGGGCUCGAAUGUCCGCAAAAUUUCAUUCCUUCGUACAUGACUGACGUUCACUCGACUUUAACAUGAAUAAUCUCAACUCCAUCAACAUUCGAGCCUUAACCAUUCGACUGAAAGUGUUUCUUCAUCCGGAUUCACGAUAGAUGUAGUAAGCUUUUAGUCAUUUGCCCUAAGCAAUAAAGUGUAAUGUAAAUCUUUGACAAAAAGCAUUUCCCGCGUUGCCAAAAGUUGCAAUAACGCCCAAAUCUUGGGAAUUCCGACGUCUGGCAGUGCUGUAAACGCUUUUUGCUGGAAAUUACGUUACAAUUCAGUGCUUAGAGCGCAAGACC